AUUGAUGCCGAGCGCAGGGACUGGUCCCAAGGCACCGAGCGCUGAGCGGACGGCCCAGCACCCAGCGGGCCGGACUCGGGCAGCACCAGAGCGCGCCUGGCAGCAGUGGGCGCUCGCGAUCUUCCUCUGCCCAACGCACUCUCCCCCAGGGCCCGGCCUCCUGCGUCCCCUCCUCCUGCUCCUGCUCCUCCUCCUGCUCCUCCCCUCGGAGGGACUCAGCUCCGAGCCUCCUGCCUGCAAAGUCGCCGGCGCGCGGGCUACAGCGAGAGGACGCCACAGCCAGCCGUGUCUCUGGGUGCCCGCGCCCCUUCUCUCCUGCCUAUCCCGGAGUGUCCCGAACCUCGCUCCGCCGGCCACCGCUGCUCGACGGCACUGCCCAUGGCCCAGCCCGAGAGCCGACUUCGGGGGCCGGACCUGCUGAACCGCAGCGCAGCUCAGAGGACCCGCCAGGAGGAACAUUUGACACCCCUGCCAAGCGUUCAUCAGUAGUUGUGCAAGGACAAAAGUGAAGACGUGUGUGACUCUGAAAGUGAACAAAUGAUCUUAUCCUGUUGAUUGCUCUGAAGUCGGUUGGAUAGGGGAAUGACAGCUCCGUUGUUCGAACUGUCUUUAACCAGGUUUCAGUGCAUUCCAGAAAAUGAGAUCACUCAGCACCCGCAAAGCUGGAGAGAGGCAGUCCUGCAUUGCAGUAGAAAGGCUCUGGGCCUCUCUGCUAGCUCAGCCUAUUGCUAAGCUGCAUCUGCCUGGAACGCACUCUCCCUGCCCACAGAGGCAUCACCGGUCACAGUAAUUGGCUGCCUGCUACGCCCAUGUGUCACUGAUCAGGAGGCAUUUCCUGCGGUGGCGCUUCAUGACCCAGCGACGUCCGGCCUAGCGAAGCCCCCGUGGUGUCCAGCAUGGCCACGCUGCUCCUGGGCGCGGCGCUGCUGGUGGCACAGCUCCAGCUAGUGCCUUCCCGCCCCGGCGCGCCCUGGGCGGAACCUGGACCACAGGAGCUGGUGUGGAAAGCAGCCACCCUCCAGGACCAGGCCCUGGACGGCGCGGCCCCCAAUGGCUCUGCCAGGCAGCUCCCGCAGACCAUCAUCAUCGGCGUGCGCAAGGGCGGCACCCGCGCGCUGCUGGAGAUGCUCAGCCUGCACCCCGACGUGGCGGCCGCCGAGAACGAGGUGCACUUCUUCGACUGGGAGGAGCACUACAGCCAAGGCCUGGGCUGGUACCUCAGCCAGAUGCCCCUCUCCGCCCCCCACCAGCUCACCGUGGAAAAGACCCCCGCGUACUUCACGUCACCCAAAGUGCCUGAGCGGGUCCACGGUAUGAACCCAGCCCUCCGGCUGCUGCUCAUCCUGCGGGACCCUUCGGAGCGCGUGCUGUCGGACUACACGCAGGUGCUGUACAACCACGUGCAGAAGCACAAGCCCUACCCGUCCAUCGAGGAGUUCCUGGUGCGCGAUGGCCGCCUCAACGUGGACUACAAGGCGCUCAACCGUAGCCUCUACCACGUGCACAUGCGCAACUGGCUGCGCUUCUUCCCGCUGCACCGCAUCCACAUCGUGGACGGUGACCGCCUCAUCAGGGACCCUUUCCCGGAGAUUCAGAAGGUGGAGAGGUUCCUGAAGCUGUCCCCGCAGAUCAACGCCUCAAACUUCUACUUUAACAAAACCAAGGGCUUCUACUGCCUGCGGGACAGCGGGCGGGAUCGCUGCUUGCAUGAGUCCAAAGGCCGGGCGCACCCCCAAGUGGACCCCAAACUCCUCCAUAAACUGCACGAAUAUUUCCAUGAGCCAAAUAAGAAAUUCUUUGAGCUCGUGGGCAGAACAUUUGACUGGCACUGAUUUGCAAUAAGCUAGGCUCUGAACCUUUCCGAUACUGUAAGUUCUGGUGUACAUCUAGGGUGGGGGAAGAAGUUUUAAAAGGCAUUUAAGCUAUAAUUUAUUUGUAAGAUCCAUAAAUAACUUCUGUACAGUAUUAGAUUCACAAUUGCCAUAUAUACUAGUUAUAUUUUUCUACUUGUUAAAUUGAGGGCAUUUUGUAUUGUUUUUCAUGGUUGUUAACAUUGUGUAAUAUGUCUCUAUAUGAAGGAACUAAAAGAUUUCACUGCAAAAAGAAAUAAUAAUAAAUUCUGGAGACGCUGUCUUUUUUUAAUAUAA